CUCAAACAAGAACCAGCUCAUACAACACCAACCCCACUCAUUUCCACGCUCGCGGUCACUACCUCACCUCCUCACCUCUGCUCGCAUUCCGCAAUGGAGUGGAUGAACACGCACGGGCUGGAGCCCGAGUUUUACUGGGAAGACUUUGCGAGCACGACGCUUGAGACGCGCCUGAAGCUGAGCAGUCCAGCCACGAGCGACAACACGAGCACAGGCCAGGGAAAGCAGCGGUGGUGGGGUGAUCAUGUGGAGGCAAUUCUGGACGAGCACAGCGACGCCCUAUCUGCGACAUGCGACAGUGAUGACGAAGGGGACCUGGAGAGUCUCAAGAGCCAAGAAAAAGGAGAGGGCAAGGGACGGCAUUCACCACAACCACAGCACCCACAGCAGCAGCGCCUUUUGCUCUUUGGGGCCAAAGAUGAGCACACGCUCCUGUUUGGCGCCAAACUGUCUUGCGAUGCGAGCCCUAAAGCAGAACCAAGAGCACGAGCCUGCGCAGCCAGCGAGGACGCCUUCAACUUGUAUGUGACCCCGCGCGAUGAUGGUGCUAAAUCGCACAGCGUGGCCUUUGACGACGACGGACGAGGCUGCCUUGUGCUCGAAGACGCGCUUCCAGAGGCAACCUGGAACCACCAACUGCACCCCGUCACGGCCAUCAUUCAAGCUGCACAAGAGGACCCGAUGCCAGCGUCACCAACUCCUCCCACCUUGUUUCCCGCCAAACCAGCUCAACACGAUGACAGUGGUGAACAACAGCUGCGCAGCAAGUACUGUGGACACCCACAACCCGUGCAUGACGAGAUGGAGCUGCACCCUAUCCUAUCGCCAGAACGGCCCCGUGUCACAGGGGCCAAUGCCGAGGUGUUCCUGCAAGAGCUAGCAGGCAGCGAUGACGAAGAAGGCCUGCCUCCAUCCUCACCAGAAGAGGCGGCAGGAAACAGAGGCUUCGACCAGCAGCAACUGAAGCGCGCGUUCAAUCCAGGCAGGCUUGCAGCAGCUGUUUUCGGCAAGGGUGCCGCAGCAUCAACGUCAACAGCUUCCAAGGCACCCAGCACCAACACUGACGACAGCACUACCGAGAACCACCAACCAUCCCCACCCGCAAGCGUCACCAUCACCACCACAACAGCAACAACAACAACAGCAACAGUGACAGCAGCAGCGACAGCAACAACAGCAACUACGACCAAAGGAGUGCCAGGCACCUCGCCGCCACAGCCACUGCUGGAGCCCCUGCCACCACAGUCAGAUGCCACCAAGCUCGCGGAUAUCCGCAAGAGCAUCCUCAAGGACUUGGACGAAGUUGUUGUGGUCGACAGCGAGGCGCACGAUGCGCACAUGAUCGGGGCGAUGGGCGAGCGCUUGGCAGGGUGGUCCAAGCACCAGCCACUGCGUUCUCAGGUGCGCGCCAUGCAGCUGGCCUUGCCACGCCACGUCCUCCACAGGCAGUGUGGGUCACUGGCCUCGCUCCACCACUUUCUCCGCCAAGUGCUCGCCAGCUUGGACCUGCAGCAGCACACGACCUUUGACGACCGCAUCAUGACGUGGGAUGUGCUUGGUGCGCUGACGCCGCUCACAGACACGGGCCGCACCGCCUUUUCCACGUCCAAGCAGCAGCACCGCCACCACUCCAGUGACCGCAGCGACGAUGCCAAGCUGGCAAACGUGUACUUCAGGCGCACCAGCAGCAAAGCAAGCGACCCGCAGCAAGACCAAGAAGAUGAAGGGCAGUUGCCACGCCUGCUUCCCCUCAAUGAGCUGACUGUGGGUGGCCACAGCAGUAUGCUCAACUCUUCACAUGCAGUCCCUUCUCCACCUCGACCACGCCCUCUUCCUUCUUCAGUGCAUAUCAACGACGAAGACGCCGGCGCCAGCACGGACACCACCGCUACUCAGACCAGCAAGACCACUGCUCACAACGCCCACAGUGCGCUGAGGGAGCCAUCAGCCUUAGCAGGUGCGGGGCUGCCGUCUGGGUUGGAGGCGUUCAUGCAGUUGCGCGCGGCGGCAGCACGCGCAUCUUCUGCUGCUGAAGGCCAAGAAGAUCACGGCCCUUCCACGCCACCUGCGCAGGUCUUGGGGCAGGGGCGAAGCACGAAUACUGCUGCUGAUGAUGAUCAACGACCAACAGGCACACCUGGUCUCAAGUCACCUCUGGUCCCACAGCAGGCGCAGGAGCAGAUGGAGCUGAAGCUGUUUGCAUCACAACAACUGCUGCAGAACGACGAUCUCGUGCUCGCCCUUGAAGACAAGCUGCAAGUGACGUGCGUGCCUGUGGGAAGCAGCCGGAGCGCCACAAGCAGCUGCGACCUCAUUGUCGAUGAGGCCUGCGGCAUCACCAUUGUUCCGCCCUCCUUAUUCCUGCAAGCAGCAGAUGACGUGAAGCGCGUGUGCCAGCAAGUAGUGCAUUGCUUGAAGCAGUUCCAGAGCGUCCAUGUCAUCAUCGCGGCCACCACUUCAGCCACGACAGCCAGCAGCAGCAGCAGUGCGCAGCUUAAGGCCGGGCUGGAGAGCGACAACUACUCAAAGCUCUUCCUGGCAAUGCUGUCGCCGUGGUUGCAGCCCGCGCACACGGAUGGAUAUGGGCAGGCGACUUUGGCAUACGCCUCCACGCCGGAGCAGUUUGCGGACCUGUGCAAGCACAUCAUCGAUCAGGCAAAGGCGCAAUCGCCCAUUGAAGCUGACGACUGGAUGGACCGCACAUGGGUUGACCAGGAGCCCUCAUGUCAGGAGCUGUUUCUGCUUGGAUGCGACGCCCUGCACCCGCUUUCAGCGCAAUCGCUUCUGCUUGCCUUCACCUUCUCGGAAGCCAUCAGCGCAGAUGCAUCACUCAUUCAACAGCGCUGCCCUCAAAUCCCAGAACACAGCAUCAAGGCCUUUGUGGACGCGUGCCGGCGCGGUAAACCCACCUUCCAGCUGGCACCCAAUCCACCACAACACCAGUACUGCCAGCUGCAGCAGGAAGAGCGCCUGCAGCGCGGCUUCCCUGUUCAAGCGAGGGCGCCUCAGCACGACAUGAGCGUGGCCCAUCCGUCCCACCCGUACGCACGGAUGUCGUCGUUGCCGUCCUUGGCUGCUCAACCUCGCAUGCCGUUUGGUGUUGCACAGGCCCCAGCCAGCUUCCAAGACGCAGGAUACUACCAGCAACAGCCGCAACGGCCAACAAACCAUACCGACACGCAGUGGCCUCGGCUCUCCCACCACGACAACGGCCACGACCACGGCCACCAGCAGCAGCAGCAGCACAGUUCAUAUCUUCAACACGACCAGCGGUACCCUGAGAUUGAGCCGGAGCUGCCUCCCCCGCAUGACGCCGCUUGGCUCUCCCCACCGCUGCCACACCCUCACUCGUCGGAUUACCGUCAUUACCACGAACAAGAACAACACCACCAGCAGCAACGGCAACAGCAGGAUGACGUACGCUACCAACAGAGAGAGCAAACAGGAAUACCGCACGGCACAUUCACCAUCAAUGACGGAUACAGCGGUAUGCGCCAAUCUACCGCCUACACUUCCCCCCACCACCACCAGCAACACCAUCAUCAACACCAACCAAAACGCGCCAAGCCAGACACCCCUCUUACGUACAGUCUCCCCGCAAACCAGCGGAGUGGCCAAACUCGGCUGUUGUUCAAUGGAGAGCCACCGCGAGCGCCAACGACAAAGUGGUUCUGAUCACGAGCACCACGGCCACGGCAAAGCACCCACGACGAAACACCUUCCAUCGCAGGCAAAGCAAUGUGCCCUCCGCAACACAGCCUCCACGCCACAUCGUCCGUAACACGUCGCAAUGCUUGCUUCUUGUCGUGUAUGUCAACGUGAAAGUUUACUUGAUCGCACCAUCUGGGUUGAGCAUGCAUGAUGAUCAGGGUGGCACCACACCCAUCGGUAACUUGUGGGGUGCGUGUGCGAGACAGCACAAUGAACACGUACAAUCAAUACCAUUACAAUCGCACAAUACAUACUCGGGUGUUGUGAACGCAACGGGCAAAAUAGAAAAAGCAAG